AUGACGAAGUCUAAGGUUGCACCGCGUAACAUCAUGGCUACUAUUGCCGAGCAAUUUUCUGAUGAUCAUCCAAACAUCAGACACAUCUACAACUGCCGGAAUGACUUGAGAUCGGAGAUGUUUGACGGGAGAGGAGUUGUUCAGCAAUUUCUACAUUUGGCGAGACAGAGUCAGUAUCUUUACUGGGUCAUGUCUGAUGAUGAUGGCGUUUUACAGCACGCCUUUAUGGUGCACCCAGUCACGGUAGAAAUCUUUCGGACGUACCCAUAUGUGAUCGGUAUGGAUUCCACUUACAAGACCAACCGAUACGGGAUGCCGUUCUUUGAGAUAGUUGGUGUGACACCGACAAAUCAGAAUUUCCUCGUUGCUUACGUGUUCAUGCGCAACGAGUGCACGACAAGCUAUCGAUGGGUUUUGCAAAGAUUGAGAGUCUUGAUGGGGUAUAAUAAGGAAUCGUCGGUUUUGUUGACAGAUCGUGAGCUUGGGCUAUGUGCGGCCUUAAGGGAAGUGUUUCCAGGGACCCCGCACUUACUUUGUCGAUGGCACAUUAACAAAGAUGUGGAGGCUCGGGUCUCUGCUAUGUUCAAAAAUAAGAAGAUCGGUGCGACUUUCAAAAAUGGGAAAUGA